AUGUUUGACCUCGGCUUCAAACACUUUGUGGGAGUGGAUGGUAGUAAGGGCAUGCUGGAACAAGCUGCUAAGAGUGGCCUUUAUCGAGAGCUCAAACUGGCCUUACUGGGAACAGACCCACUGCCUGCACAGACUGGUGGGUUUGAUGUGGUGAUCAUUACUGGUGCUUUACGUGAUGAUUACGUGCCGGUCAGCGUUAUCAGGGAGCUCUGCAAAGCUACUAAACCAGGGGGCUACGUCUGCAUGUCCAGAGUGGACCCAAAGUCCGAGUCUGGAAACAAAUAUAAAACAUCUAUGGAGCGUGAACUGCAGCUGAUGGUGGAGGAGAGCCUGUGGAGCCCUGUCGAUACCAAAGAGAUGCACAGAUACAUGAUGGAUGUUUAUAAUGAUAAAAGCAAGGAUGAGAAAAGGGAGGAAUUCCUCCAGGGAACCAUGUACCUGUACAGGAAGUCUCUUAUUAAGCUGUAAAAUUAGGAGUGGAGCUAAAAAUGUGAGCUUACGUAUUCGUCGAGCAUGUGCUGGCGUUAGCGUUAGCGUACAGGGUGCCUUGAAUGGUUAUUGUUGUUUGUUGGCGAUGUAUAUAAAUUAAACUGAAUAGAAUCAGAAGUCCAAGUCAAGUCCUUCUAAAAUCAAACCUCACCAUCAUGGCAGCGUUAUCUAUGUAAACCUUUAUUUCAGUGGUCAGCACAUAAACAACAAAGCUCAAAGUUUUCUGAGUUUUUAUUUCUUCCACUGGAUGUUUUGCUUAUGUUUCAGAAUUCUUCAGUAGAUUUCAGCUCACGAGUUUUUAAUGUCUCUCUCUUACAUCGUCUCUGGUCAACACUCAGCAUUAGCACACUGUCACUAUUUUUACCUUUAACAGGGCCCUUAAACAUAUCUGCUUCAAGAGCACAGCAUCAAGUAGCAAAACCAGUAGA